UCAGGAUACCAGCAGUGCCGUAUUCCGAGGAGCUCCCGAAUAUAAAUUUUGAUCGCCCAUCAAACUCCUGCAAGGAAGAGAUCCUCGAGCAAAUUUCGAAACUGGGCUGCAUCUCUCGUACAGUUCCCGUUCAGAUAACGAACAUUGAGGAGAGACCAGGGGUUUGUUCGUCAAAUGGCACAUAACUAAUCCGGAAUACACUGAGGAACAAACGUUUAUCGUGGAGAAGGGCGAACGGGGAAGUCGUCGACCCUGCAUCGUGCGAGUUCGAGACGGUUUACAAAGGAUCCGAGAUCUUCUGCUUCAUCAGAAAUGUGCCUAUUGAUCAGCCAGUCACCCUUAGAGUCAGAAUACAAGCGGAUAAUGUGGCGAGAGAGCGUACAUCACGUCGCGCGAACUUCUAUACCACCAUAUAGCUGGGAACUCGAGAAUAAAAAUUACAUGAUCACUAAUAAUGGUAAAACGACCGCAAAACUCACAGACACUAUAAGUACAUUAUUCUCAGAAGGUCCUCAGUUCGAUGCGAAUCACAUCAUCGAAUUCAAGUUCUUAGAAGUUUCGCCAGACGGAGACGACGACGAGGGUAUCGCAUUGGUUUACAAUCCGCAAGGCAAUGAUGACACCUUGAAAAGAACGGCAUCGUUGAUGAUCACGUGUCGUGGAAAGAUUUUCAUGGAUGGCGACGAGAAACUGAUGCGCCUGCCAAAAAUGCGCUCUGGUGCAAACAUUGUGAUCUCAGCCUUUCGGAAAAAUGCUCACGUACUGCGAGUGAAUAUCGAAUCUGAAAACAAAUGCGUCACGUAUGACUGGCGGGUGCAAACGCCUCUGUACUUUGCCGCCCGAUUUGCCGAGUACAAACGAUGGAAUUUGACGAUUAAAUAGAGAGACAAGA